AUGGAUCACGAUAUGCAUAUGACUGGCAUAUCAGAAACUACCACCAUGACUAUGGACAUGCCGGCGGCCUCUGGCUCUGCGGCAAUGGACCACGGGGACAUGAUGGGCGGAUGCAAGAUCUCUAUGCUCUGGAACUGGAACACGGUCGACUCCUGCUUCAUCGCUGAAACUUGGCGCAUAACAUCCAAGGGUAUGUUCGCCGGCUCCUGCAUUGGCGUCAUCCUCCUCGUCAUGGCCCUCGAAGCACUCCGUCGCUCCGUCAAAGAGUGGGAUCGUUACCUCCUCCGUCAACACGCCGCCAAGUUCGCCGACUCCUCUGCCAACCCUGCUCCCGGCUCCGACAAUGGCAAGGAAGGCAACGCCGCCGUUGUCAGCUGUGGCACCCCUAUGCCUCCUUUCCGACCCAAUGUCUGGCAGCAGGCUAUUCGGGCUCUUCUGCACAUGAUGCAGUUUGCUGUGGCUUACUUUGUCAUGCUGUUGGCUAUGUACUACAAUGGGUACUUUAUCAUUUGUAUCUUCAUUGGGGCCUACUUGGGCGCUUUUGUCUUUCAUUGGGAGACUUUGAGUCCUGCUGGCAAUACCAGUGCUGCCAAGGAGGCUACUGUUUGCUGUGGUUAA